AUGCAACAGCGUCGCCAACUGCUUUCUUCGCCAUUGAAACGAUCACAUGCAACUCCCAACUUCCGCUCGAAAGCCGAUCAGAUUCUAGACGAGGACGUGGGUGAGGACGACAGCGAAGAAGAUGAAGAGACGCUGCAAUUGAAGCUUGCAGAGAUACAAGCUCGCCUCAAGUUGAAGCAGCUACAAAAGAGUCGAGGCCGAUCCGGGACGGCAAGCUCGCACACAGAAGAUGGAGAGGAGAGGCGGGUGCGACCCUCCUCCGGUAUCAUACGGUCUCAGAGCCAUACCUUGAUUCCGAAGAGCCCUCAGGCAGUGUCGCGGAAGGCACCUACGGAUAAUGUUCAAGUACCGUUGUCGCCGACACGACGAGAAGAGGCUCCCUCCGCCCCAUGGUCGCCACAGCGAUACAAGAUGGGAAUCGAUAAGGGCUGGACGGCUGCCGAUGUGUCCCUCAAACGACCCCCUCGCCCAACUAGUCAAUUGGGAACUCGAAGCGGUGCCAUGUCACGAUCGAGAUCGAGUGAUGUGUUUUCGGCCAGACCUCAAACAUCCCCCAGUAGUGGAGGGUUGAACAGGAUCAAAAGUUUCAGUGAGCGAAUGGCUGAAGGCCGAGCUGCAGAGAAACUCCGUAUGGAGAAGGCCGAGAAGGCUGAGAGAGUCAAGGCAAGCCGAAGCUCGGGCUUUCAGUUGGACAAGGCAGAAAUGGAAGCUUUCAAGACCGCCGCCGCCGAAGAAAAACCUUCAACGCCGUCUUCUGUUAGUCGGGAGCCACAAGCACCAAGUUUCAGUCGUGAGGAUAUCCUCAGAUCUAUUGGUACGCCUCGCUCUGGUGGUGUGAAGCGCAGCCAAACGACACCAAACGCCAGGAACAUCAAUGGCCACUCCACAGCUUCGUUACACAAACCGUCGGAAGAAAAUGAACAGAGGGGGAGUACCCCAGAUCCAUCCAAAUUUGAGUCCUACUCUGGGCUCCAUCUGUCGAAUCGCAUCCUCCCGCACUCAUUUUUGAGUCGCAGUCUGGCGGAUAAGACGACGUUAAAGAUCCCCGACCUUCUCAAAACAAUCAAAGCACCUGCUUUUGAGCUUCCAGAAGAAGUAGACGGAGACUUCGUGGUGUUUGGAAUUGUUGCAUCGAAGUCGGACACUAAGCAGACCAAGGAUUCAGGAAAGGCUACCACCAAAACAGCCGACCCGUACGAUGAUGGGAUGAACAAUACCAACAGCUACAUGGUCAUGACAUUGACUGAUCUUGAGUGGACCAUUGACUUGUUCCUUUUCGAUACAGCCUUUCCUCGGUACUACAAAAUCUCCGAGGGAACCCUUAUUGCGAUCCUGAACCCGACUAUCAUGCCUCCUCCCAAGCAUAAGCUGGAUACCAAUCGGUUCAGUUUGGCAUUGUCCUCAUCUGAUGACAAGGUUCUUGAGAUCGGCAAAGCACAAGAUAUCGGCUUUUGCAAAUCCGUUAGAAAAGAUGGGAAAACAUGUCAGUCUUGGGUGGAUGCUCGGAAGACCGAGUUUUGUGAUUUUCAUGUUGAUCUUCAAGUACGUCGGACCCAAGGUGCUCGCUCUGGUGUCAACAGCGGUACGGGCAUGUUUGGUGCAGUCGGUAAUUCUGGCUCCCGUACUGGUGUUUGGCAAGAGUCGAAAGGCCGUGGUCGAGGCUCGCGCUUUGGCUCAGGAGCUUCUAGGUCGGAUGGCAAAUUAAAGCCAGAGGGCGCCCAAUAUCACAUGGGUACCCAGUCUGUUUACUACGUCGCCCCUGGGCCUAGGAACGGGGGUGCUGGUCGUGCCUCAUACAAUCCCGCUGCAGGACACUCGGCUGCGAGUCUGCUGGAUGCCAACGAUGAUCCUUUCAUCGCGGCUGGCAUGAUGGGCCGAGGCAUGGAGAACAAGGAAGAGCGAAUGAGAAGACGCCUGGCAGCUCAGCAGCGUGAACGUGAUAUCACCCGAAAGCUUGUUGCUGGCCGCUCCGGUGGUGUAGGUGCCGAGUAUCUCCGCACGCGCACCGCCAACGAAAGCCCUGCCGAUAGUGAAAACAAAGACAAGGUACCAGGCACUCCUUCAACACCCAAGACACUGCCUUCGAGUCAAAGUUUGAACUUUGUUACUUUCGGCAAAGCAGACAAUGUCCGCCUUGGCCCUAUGAAACGAGCUCAUGAUGGUGACAAACCCCAUGGCAGCGGUGUCAAAAAGACUCGGUUCAUCACCUCCAAAGGAAUUAGAGAGGCCGGCCGUGAUAGCUUGGGCUUCGAUGCGACUCCUGUGAGACGGAUACUCUCGGAUGAUGAAGACGAUGACCUGGAAUUGAUUUGA